AGAAGCGCACUCACACACUCCCUCUCGCUCACACGCGCGCACUCUCGCUCUCUCUCUCUCUCUCACACACACACUCACACGGUGGAAGGAGGCGAAUAAUAACUCAGCCAUAUUCCAGCCGCCGCCGCCGGGAGCUGCGGACACACACACGCACACACACUCGCCCAGUCCGGGGACGCGGCGAGCAGCCUCGGCGGCCGCACCUCCGCCAAGCGCCGCGGCCGCGACCAUGUGUGCCGUGCAGGUGAAGCUGGAGCUGGGGCACCGCGCCCAGGUGAGGAAAAAACCCACCGUGGAGGGCUUCACCCACGACUGGAUGGUGUUCGUGCGCGGCCCGGAGCACAGUAACAUACAGCACUUUGUGGAGAAAGUCGUCUUCCACUUGCACGAAAGCUUUCCUAGGCCAAAAAGAGUGUGCAAAGAUCCACCUUACAAAGUAGAAGAAUCUGGUUAUGCUGGUUUCAUUUUGCCAAUUGAGGUUUAUUUUAAAAACAAGGAAGAACCUAAGAAAGUCCGCUUUGAUUAUGACUUAUUCCUGCAUCUUGAAGGCCAUCCACCAGUGAAUCACCUCCGCUGUGAAAAGCUGACUUUCAACAACCCCACCGAGGAUUUUAGGAAAAAGUUGCUGAAGGCAGGAGGGGACCCUAAUAGGAGCAUUCAUACCAGCAGCAGCAGCAGCAGCAGCAGUAGUAGCAGCAGCAGCAGCAGCAGCAGCAGUAGCAGCAGCAGCAGCAGCAGCAGCAGUAGCAGCAGCAGCAGCAGCAGCAGUAGCAGCAGCAGCAGCAGCAGCAGCAGUAGUAGUACCAGUUUUUCAAAGCCUCACAAAUUAAUGAAGGAGCACAAGGAAAAACCUUCUAAAGACUCCAGAGAACAUAAAAGUGCCUUCAAAGAACCUUCCAGGGAUCACAACAAAUCUUCCAAAGAAUCCUCUAAGAAACCCAAAGAAAAUAAACCACUGAAAGAAGAGAAAAUAGUUCCUAAGAUGGCCUUCAAGGAACCUAAACCCAUGUCAAAAGAGCCAAAACCAGACAGUAACUUACUCACCAUCACCAGUGGACAGCAAGAUAAGAAGGCUCCCAGUAAAAGGCCCCCCAUUUCUGAUUCUGAAGAACUCUCUGCCAAAAAGAGGAAAAAGAGUAGCUCAGAGGCUUUAUUUAAAAGUUUUUCUAAUGCACCACCACUGAUACUCACUUGUUCUGCUGAGAAAAAGCAGAUCAAAGAUAAAUCUCAUGUCAAGAUGGGAAAGGUCAAAAUUGAAAGUGAGGCAUCAGAAAAGAAGAAAUCGACUUUGCCACCAUUUGAUGAUAUUGUAGAUCCCAAUGACUCAGACGUGGAGGAGAAUAUGUCCUCUAAAUCUGACUCCGAGCAACCCAGUCCUGCCAGUUCCAGCUCCAGCUCCAGCUCCAGCUUCACACCAUCCCAGACCAGGCAACAAGGUCCUUUAAGGUCCAUCAUGAAAGAUCUGCACUCUGAUGACAAUGAGGAGGAAUCUGACGAGGCAGAGGAUAACGACAAUGACUCUGAAAUGGAGAGACCUGUAAAUAGAGGAGGCAGUCGAAGUCGCAGAGUCAGCUUGAGUGAUGGCAGUGACAGCGAGAGCAGUUCUGCUUCUUCUCCACUACAUCAUGAGCCUCCACCACCAUUAUUGAAAACCAACAACAACCAGAUUCUUGAAGUGAAAAGUCCAAUAAAGCAAAACAAAUCAGAUAAGCAAAUAAAGAAUGGUGAAUGUGACAAGGCAUACCUAGACGAGUUGGUAGAACUCCACAGAAGGUUAAUGACUCUGAGGGAGAGACACAUUCUGCAGCAGAUCGUGAACCUCAUAGAAGAAACUGGACACUUUCAUAUCACAAAUACAACAUUUGAUUUUGAUCUUUGCUCACUGGACAAAACUACAGUCCGUAAAUUACAGAGUUACCUGGAAACAUCUGGAACAUCCUGAGGAUACAACAACUGGAUGCAUCAAAAACUAUUGUUUUUUUUUUGGUUGUGAUUUUUUUUGUUGUUGUUUAUAUGAAAACACUCAGAAUGAUACAACCAAAAGGGAAAAAAUAAAAAUCAAACAACCGUCAGCUUUAUUUUUCUUUAAAGCCAGUCAUCAUCUCUUGACAAAGGAGAGGUUAUACCAACCAGCCUCAGUGGACCACUCUUCUCUCCAAGGAAACCCCCAGGAGGAGUUAGCCUGGAUAGCCUUGAAAACAAAGCAAACACAACACGAGAAAACUCAAAGAAUGUGUAUGGUAUCAUAUCUCUCUGUGGUGGUUCAUUCCACAGGACGAAUGCAUAUUCAACACACUGCCUUAUUACAUAACUGAUCUAUUUAUUAUCACAUACAGAUACUCUGAAGCUUCGAGGGAAUGACACCACCAGAUGUUAUAAGUACUUGGUCCGUGGGUGCUCUUUCUGUGCAGCACCCUUGCCGCCCCAAGCCCAGUGACCUUACACGCGUACCCUGCCACCUUCCACCAACUUUCUCCAAGUCCUUUCACUUGUUUCAGCCUGUGUUUCCCACCUUUUGUUUUCCCACUUCCAGGACACCGUUGUCAGCUGGGGGGACCAAAUAGCCACCUUGAUUUUCUUCUUUGUGGUCUUUUUCCUAAAAGUUGGGGCCCAGUCCUUGGCUGUAUCCAUGUAAUGAUCUUGGACCUUGGUAGAAAAUGCACCAAAUAAGAUCAUCUGAAUUGCUGUCUAGCCUUAGUCAAUAAACCCGUAGGACUUUUAACAGAAAAUGUACCUGUAACGUCAUAAACCCACCAUUGUUGAACUGUCACCAACAUUCUUGUGUCUGUGUUACUGUUGCAAUGUUAGGUGAAUAUGGAAGUAAAAGCCUUCCACAGGAUCAUCACUUAAAACUGAGGAAUUCUGGUCCUGUUUUCUAAAGAAGCAUUAUAGAAAUUCUUAAUUUGGAUCUAUUUAUUAGUGAGAGCUUCAGCUCUCUUCAGCUUCCAAUAUGGGAAUCAUCUUUCCAAACAAAACAAGACAGGAAUCAAAGUUUUUAUUUGUUCACGUACAAUUCUUCUAGACUCUUUUAUAGUUAAAAAAAUUUAAAUCUUUCUUUGGGGGAAAUGCUUGGUUAUUCUGUCAUGACGGACUCUAUGAAUUUGUAGAUGCAGUGGUUGGAUACCUGUUUAGUCUCUUGCUGAUGUUUCCAGAAGGAAGUCGUGUAUAGGUGAAAGUAAAAAUGGUUGGGGGGGGGAGAUUUUUGUUCUUGUUGUACCCUUGUUUUGAAACUAGAAAUCUGUCCUGUGGCAUGCAAAAAGAAAGCAAAUUAUUUUUAAAAGAAAAAAAAAAAACCAAAGUACUUUUGGUGUCAUUAUUCUAUACUCUCCAUAAAUGGAGGGUUUACAACUGACAACGGCUCACCUUCCUCGUUUUUACCAGAGCUCAACUGAAAAGAGAUGAAGACUUCUGGAUCCAAAGGUUCGUCACUGGAUCAGCCUUAAGAAAGUCUCUACUGUGUUAACAGACCAGUGCCCCCACGUUUGUUCCCAUGACAGAUGCUAUCUUUUCAUUCACAGAUUAACUAGUGUCUGUACAGAAAAUGGUCUUUCCAGACCCAUUCUUUCAGGCAGUAAUGUAAAUGCAGAUUAAUAAUGGAGUGAUUUCUGCAUUUUAAAAAAGGUUGCUUUUUUUUUUUUUACACUGUUUCUUUCUAUCCAAAGAAACUAUUUGUUUUUCUUUCUAGAAACUUAUAAUACAGCCAUGGUCUUUGUAAAUGACUUCUCUGAAGUGUCCUCCCAGAGGACAAGUGUACUUUUUCAAGAAUGUUAUGAUUCUUCAUGAAGAUUGGCAUGAACCGUACUUGAAGCAUUUGCCAUACAGUCUGCUUUACAGUGUGCAAUUACAUAGAGAAUUUCCAAGUCAUUUAAGACAUCAGGUGGCUGAUGAAUUUGUUGUAUGGAUUUAGUCAUAUUUGUUUUUAACUUUACAGGUGAAAAGGGAGAGCUAUGAUUAUAUGCAAAUAAUGUUUGCAAAAUUUAAAAAUCUUUGAAAAUGUCUAACUACAAAUCCACACAUUCUCAUUAAACCAGAAAAACAUAUGGUUUACUUAAUAUAUUUGUGUAAUUUAACUAGAAACAUACAUAUGUAGUUUGGGCCACUUUUAUUUUUAUAACCAAAUUAUGUGGUUAAAUAUAAUUUGGCAUUGUUAGAUUUUGUUUAAGUUAUAAAUAAAAAUAAGAUCAGAUGAGAAAUUAUCCCCCCAAAAGAAGUAACUUAGGAAGGGGGGUUCAGAAAAGGGCAGCUAUUGUAAUAAAAAAAAUUAGAUAGGGAAAAUUAGCUGACAGUGCAGAGGUCUUUAUAUCAUAAAAUGUAAGUUUGUAGACUAAUAACCACAUUCAGAAAAGCUUCCCAGUCUAUUACUCAUUCCGGUAUCACAUAAAGUACCACAAAAUCCUGGAGUAAGAGUCAUGUUACAGGUUUUAUUUCAAGAUGUCCACUUGCUGUUCACAUGUAAUUUUUACAUACAGAAGUAAUAAUGAAUCUCAAAGAGGUAUGAUGCUUCUCUUGAAGUAGCCCACUUAGUUCUGCCACAUUUUUAUAAACUCACUUCUGAAACUUAAGAAUAUUUUUGACACAUCUGCAACCUAACAGUGGCUUUGGUUUUUUUAAGCACAAAGGGAAAUGGCAGGGUUUAAUUUCUUUAUUGUGUGUGUGUAUAUAUAUAUAUAAAUAUAUAUAAAUAUAUAAAUAGACAUUUCAAGUAAAAUUAAUUGGAUGAAUGUGAAUAUGGUUUGAACCAGCCAGAGUAUGAUAAACUGUCUUUAAAUUUGUCCCAUGUGAUUUGAGGGAGGGGAUGUCGAUACAGAACUUUUCCCCCUUGUUACAGGUGUGUGAGAAGGAGUCCUUCUAUUUGACACACUAAACAUGUUAGCAACAAAAUUAUGUGUAGUUAUAUCACACCUUCCUCAUACUCUGCAGACAGAUAGAGCUGUCCACAUAUUGUGUCACAGUCAAGAAGAACAUAAAAAUUACCAACCAGAGAUAAGAACUUUAGGGAAAAUAACAAACAGCAAGACCUCAUAAGAGUGUGUUCUAAACAUUUUUUCAAUUGUUAAGCAAAUCUCUUAACCUGAAUAAUUUCCUGUUUGGUGGAAAGAGCAAAUACAAUUGGUUUUCUUGUACUAAGAAAUUUCUUCCAAACAAAUAAAACUUUUGCUGAUAUCGUU